UUCCGAAGAAGCGAACAAGAGAGAUCUACCGCUACGCGUGGCAUUUGAACAGCAGACAGCGGGCGACCAUUGCGCCAUGAUGAACAUCUUUUCGCGCAAGAACAAGCUGGAGGAUGAGCUAUUUAACAUGAAGUUUACGGCGAAGACACUACUGCGCAAUGCCAAGAAAUGCGAGAAGAACCAAGUGGUGCAAAAGACCAAACUCAAGAAGGCCAUCGAGCAGGGUAACAUGGAAGGUGCCAAGAUCUACGCGCAGAACGUGAUCCGAGAGAAGAACCAGGCGCUGAGCUACUUGCAACUAGCCUCGCGCAUGGAUGCUGUUGCGGCGCGCGUGCAGACGGCCAUCAGCAUGGGCCAGCUCAAGGCCAAUAUGAGCGGCGUAGUCAGAGGUAUGGAUACGGUCAUGGAGUCAAUGAACGUGGAGAAGAUCUCACAGACUAUGGACCAGUUCGAGAAGCACUUUGAGGAUAUGGAUGUACGCUCCGCCUACAUGGAGGGCGCCAUGAGCAGCGGAACGUCGCUGUCGACACCUGCCGACCAGGUGGACGACCUCAUCCAAAUGGUCGCGGACGAAAACGGGCUCAAGGUCGCAGGUCAGCUCGAUUCAGCGGGUCUUGUCGGUACAGAGCUUCCAACAACGGAGGCUGCACGAGAGAAGAAGUCCCAGGACGAUCUCUCAAUGCGGCUAGCGGCGCUGCGGAAAUAAUGCCUGCAUCUGUACUAGUAUACAGUGCUAAAAGAACUACU